GUGGAAACUCCUGCCGGGAGCAAUUCGCCCGCAAGCUGCCACGGGAGGAGAGUGCGUGGCUGUUUAAAGAGGCGUGUUGCUGGAGCGCGUGCCUGGUUCGCGGAGGUCGGAGGUUGCCGAAAGGCUGACAUCGGUGUAGAAUUUGAGACCGUGAGUUAUGGUGGGGAGAUCCCGGCGGCGCGGAGCGGCCAAGUGGGCAGCUGUGCGAGCCAAGGCAGGUCCCGGCCCAGCGGACGAAAAUGAAGACGAUUUAGAAAUGCCACCCUCGCCAGGGGACUCCAGCUACUACCAAGAUAAGGUAGAUGAUUUCCAUGAGGCCCGAUCCCGGGCUGCCUUGGCUAAAGGCUGGAGCGAAGUGGAGAGUGAGGACGAGGAGCAUGGCGAUGAGGAGGAAGAGGUUCUAGCCCUAGAUACUGCAGAUGAGGACGAUGAAGAGGAUGACGAUGACGAUGGUGGGAGCUCCGUGCAGAGUGAGGCCGAGGUAUCUGUGGAUCCCAGUUUGUCGUGGGGUCAGAGGAAAAAACUUUACUAUGACACAGACUACGGUUCCAAGUCCCGAAGCCGACAAAGUCAACAAGAAGUAGAGGAGGAGGAAAGAGAGGAGGAAGAGGAAGCGCAGCUCAUUCAGCGGCGCCUCGCCCAAGCCCUGGAAGAGGAUGAUUUUGGGGUGACCUGGGUAGAGGCCUUUGCAAAACCAGUACCUCAAGUAGAUGAGGCUGAGACCCGGGUCGUGAAGGAUCUGGCGAAAGUUUCAGUGAAAGAGAAGCUGAAGAUGCUGCGGAAAGAAUCACCAGAACUCUUGGAACUGAUAGAAGACCUGAAAGUUAAGCUGACUGAGGUGAAGGAUGAGCUGGAGCCAUUGCUACAGUUGGUGGAACAAGGGAUCGUUCCACCCGGAAAAGGAAGCCAAUACCUGAGGACCAAGUACAACCUCUAUUUGAACUACUGCUCCAACAUCAGCUUUUAUUUGAUCCUGAAAGCCAGGAGAGUCCCGGCACAUGGACAUCCUGUCAUAGAAAGGCUUGUUACCUACCGAAAUUUGAUCAACAAGCUGUCAGUUGUAGAUCAGAAGCUGUCUUCUGAAAUUCGUCAUUUACUCACACUUAAAGAUGAUGCUGGAAAGAAAGAACUGAAUUCAGAAGCAAAAUCCACCAAGGCCAAGCCAAAAUCUGGUUCAGAGACUGCUGCUGCUGCCUCUACUGUUGCAGGUAUUUCUGAUGAUUCUGAUCUUGAUGAAGAAGCUGCACUGAAAUACUAUAAAGAAACAGAAGACAAGCAAAAGUUGAAGAGAAAGAAAGAAAAUAGUAUUGAAGAACAGGCUCUUGAAGAUCAGAAUGCAAAGAGAGCCAUUACCUAUCAGAUUGCUAAAAACAGAGGACUUACACCUAGAAGAAAGAAGAUUGAUCGCAAUCCUAGAGUAAAACACCGGGAGAAGUUCAGAAAAGCUAAAAUUCGCAGAAGAGGCCAAGUUCGUGAAGUUCGUAGAGAAGAGCAGCGUUACACUGGUGAACUCUCUGGCAUUCGUGCAGGAGUUAAAAAGAGCAUUAAGCUUAAAUAAAGUUUUCACUUAAGAUUUUUGGCAAUAAUUUUAGAUCAAUAAAUUUUUAUUUUUAACUUUUGAA